CUCCCUAUGUACCGAUGGACUGGUUCAGUUCAGGUUCAACUACGCAAAGCGAACAGACACGGAAUAGAUGCGCAACUCGGAUUCGUACUACGCGAUGAUAUAAGGCCAUGAACCAUGAUCACUGAGAUGCAUAUUCCUCGCUUCCUGAUCGACCUCUCCAGCGAGCGUGUCCCCGACGCAACAUCUCGUUCGCCGUAGCUGACCGACCAAUCUCCAGGGAAGGAGAUCGAUGGCGGUGUACUACCGGUACAGGAGCGGCGUCGACACGUUCUCCCUGCCCGUCGCGGCGCCUUCCGUCUCCGUCGCCGAGCUGAAGCGCCUGAUCAUGGAGACCAGCCGCCACGGCCACGGCCGGACACGCGGACGGGGUCCCAGGGAGGGCAUCGCCAUCGCCGACGCGCAGACCGGCGAGGAGUACGCGGAUGACAACGCCUUGGUCCUGCGCAACUCGACGGUGGUGGUGCGCCGAGUCGCCGGGCCUCCGGCCGGUACCAUCGUGGAGCCUUCCACCCAACGCCCCAAGACGAACCAAGACUCAUCGUCGGAUUCUGCUGCCUCCACGUCGAGCGCGUCGGCGGGAGCCGAGGACGACGACGAGGCCAAGGCCAUCAACGCGGUGAUCAACGCCACGGAACUCAAGUGGGAAGGGCCGUCUCACUACGGUCACCGCGGCCCUGUCCCUGUGCGGGCGCCGCCGGCCGGGUACGUGUGCCACAGGUGCCGCGUCCCGGGACACCUCAUCCAGCACUGCCCCACCAAUGGCGACCCACGAUUCGACUUCGGAAAGGCCAGGACGGUGCUUCCCCAGGCGCAGGCCGACGACAACGAUGACGACGACGGCGGCGUCCCGGCGGAUCUGUACUGCAAGAUCUGCAAGAAGGUGAUGGCGGACGCGGUGAUGACGAGCAAGUGCUGCUUCAGCAGCUUCUGCGACCGGUGCAUCAGAGCGCACAUCGUCGCCAACUCCAAGUGCGCGUGCGGGGCACGCGCGCGCGCCAACGACCUGAUCCCCAACCCGACGCUGCGCACCACCAUCUCCAACAUUCUCGCCGCCAGGGCCACCAGCGCUUCGUGUGGAAGAACAGAGAAGCAGAGGAGCUCCGUCGGCAGCAACGCGGAGACUCAGAGUCCAGCCGCCUCGCAACACAGCCACGCAUCCUCCAAAAAGAACGCCUCCUCGGAGCACAGCGACGGAAGCGAAUCCUCCACGUCGGCUCCAGCGGCGGCGCAUGAGCCAAGAAAGAAGGAGCUAGAGACGACGGACACAGCCGGAGCGCGCGCCGCCAACCAUGCCGAUCAUCAGUACGGCUGCCACGACCUUCCUCCGUUCCCUCCGGCGUGCUACAAUCCUUUCUUUCCCUGGUCAGCUGAUCCUUCCAUGUACUACGGGUACGGCUACGGCGGCAUGCCUUACGCUUACGGUGGAGGUUACCCGAUGGGCCCGCACCAUGUCGACGCCAUGGGCAACAUGGAAGCUUCGUAUGGCUACCACGGCGAACGCCACGACGGCAGGAAGAGGACGGCAUGGGACGAUCAGAGGCAGCAGGACCCGAGUUUCAAGAGAAGGUGCGGCGGAAGCAGAUCACAAGUCGCUCUAGUUCUGACGUAAAGCACUGAAGCUGAUCUGGUGGCCAAUGCUGAUAGUCUGCUAGGAUUUGAUGAUUUUUUUGUAGUAUGUAGCAUGAUUCAAAGACCUCGAUGCCUACGAGUGUACUUGAAUUUGCAGCUACUGUCUUCCACUCUUCCCCUUGUCAAUAAAAGGAACUUGUGUGUGUCCCUUGAAUUCCAAUCUGUCAAUAAGGAAUCCAUGCUGUAGUACAUGUAGCAACCAAACUGGAAAACAACCGGAAUAAGGGAUCCA